AUGCGCGCGGCUCUUGGUGAAGCACAUGAUCGUGGUUGGCAGUUUGUAUGCUUCAAAUCCGACGCAAAGGAGCUUAUCCAAGCUAUCAAAAUAGAGGCAUAUAAUAAGGAGAUCUAUGGGAUCAUAAAGGAUAUUAAACAGUUAGCUUCUGUGUUCUCUUCUACUUAUGUUAGACCACCUCCAUCAAGGGGUUCUAAAGUAUUAGAGGGGUUCUCAAAAUAA